GUUCACAUGUACAUGUUGCCUUGGACAUGACAAAAUAAACAGUAGGAUGACAGCAAUCCUUAAAGUCAAGUUUUUGGGGACUCUGUUCUUACACAGGCAAAUCUAUCUUCUACAGUUCACCAUUAUGUACUCUUCAGUCUCCAAAUCCUAGAAUGUCUCUUUCUUUAUUUUUUUCCUCUCUCUUGAUGAACCCCAGGAAACCUCCUUCAAUGGAAGCCAACACCCUUCUUCUUCUCUCCCUAGCACUGCUUUCUCUCAUCUGUUUCUCCACCUCUUUCAGUCCCACUGACAACUUACUCGUCAAUUGUGGCUCAAACACCAACACCUCCUUCACUUCUACAGAUAGCAGAAUCUUUGUGUCUGAUUCCACUAAACAAGGUCCAGUCUCUCUCUCAAAAGGCCAGUCCAUUUCACUCAAGAACCAAAACCCAUCUCCAAACUCACCGACUUUGUACAGCACAGCUAGAGUUUUCACUACUGCUUCAAGCUACCAGUUCAAUAUUAAGAGAAAUGGGACUCACUUGGUACGAUUUCAUUUCUCUCCAUUUAAAGCUCAAGGCUUUGAUUUAUCAACUGCAAAGUUUAGUAUUUUAGUAAAUGGGAAUUUGCUAUUGAGUGAUUUUAGUACCAAAGUUGUUGUGCUUAAAGAGUACGUAUUUAGAGUUGAUAGUAAUGCUCUUGAAAUUUUGUUUAGUCCUGUUUGUAAAUCAAGUUUUGGAUUUGUGAAUGCAAUUGAAGUGUUUUCAGCUCCUAAGGAUUUUAUUCUUGAUGAGGGAGCUAAAUUGGUUAGUGCAAAUGGAAUUGAAGUGUACAAGAAUCUUUCUUCACACGUUUUAGAGACAAUUCAUAGGAUUAAUGUUGGUGGUUCAAAAUUGGUGCCUUUCAAUGAUACUUUGUGGAGAACCUGGAUUCCUGAUGACGAUUUUCUUGUUUUGAAAUCUGCUGCUAAACGCGCAGUCACCACUCAUGUUCCUAAUUAUCAGAGUGGCGGUGCUAGUAGGGAGAUUGCACCCGAAAAUGUAUAUAUGACUGCACAGCAGAUGAACAAGGAUAAUAACCCAUUGCAGUCAAGAUUUAAUAUCACAUGGAAUUUUCCUGUGGGUUCUGGUGGGGUUCGGCACUUGGUUCGAUUACAUUUCUGUGAUAUUGUUAGUACUUCACUGAAUCAGUUGUACUUUGAUGUGUACCUAAACGGUUACUCUGCCUACAAUGAUCUUGAUUUGUCAUCCCUUACAUUCCAUGUACUUUCAUCACCAAUGUACUUUGACUUUAUUGUGGAUUCUAAUGAUCUGGGGGCUGUGCAAGUGAGUAUUGGACCUUCGGCUGUUAGUAGUCUUAUGAAGGUCAACGCCAUUUUGAAUGGGGUGGAGAUCAUGAAGAUGGUAAAUCCUUCUCAUUUGCGUAAUGAAUCCAAGAAGAGAACGGUUUGGAUUGUGGCGGCUUCAAGUAUAGGAGGCUUUGUUCUAUGUUUGGCUGUCUUUGUAGUUAUACUAGCAUGUAAAUGCAAGAAGAAGAAGCCGAAACCAACGCGAGUAGAAAGUGCAGGUUGGACACCCUUACGUGUAUAUGGAGGUAGCACGCAUAGUAGAAUGUCUGAAGUGACUGUCAAUGAAUAUCGAAGCUUGAAGAUCCCCUUUGCCGAUGUACAGUUGGCAACCAACAAUUUUGAUAACAGUCUGAUAAUUGGUUCUGGUGGAUUUGGUAUGGUUUUCAAAGGGGUUCUUAAAGACAACACCAAGGUUGCUGUAAAGAGGGGUGUGCCAGGAUCCAGGCAAGGACUCCCAGAAUUCCAAACUGAAAUAACAGUUUUGUCUAAGAUACGCCACCGCCAUCUCGUUUCCCUCGUUGGGUAUUGUGAAGAACAGGCAGAAAUGAUCCUUGUUUAUGAGUACAUGGAAAAGGGGCCAUUGAAGAAGCAUUUGUAUGGCCCAGGGUGUUCUCAUCUUUCUUGGAAGCAAAGGCUUGAGAUUUGCAUUGGUGCAGCGAGAGGUCUUCACUACCUGCAUACAGGUUCUGCCCAAGGCAUUAUCCAUCGUGACAUCAAAUCUACGAAUAUUUUGCUUGAUGAAAAUUACGUGGCCAAGGUUGCUGAUUUCGGUCUUUCACGAUCUGGCCCAUGUCUGGACGAGACUCAUGUAAGUACUGGUGUAAAAGGCAGCUUUGGAUAUCUUGAUCCAGAGUACUUCCGAAGACAGCAGCUUACUGAUAAAUCAGAUGUUUAUUCAUUUGGAGUUGUGCUUCUUGAAGUUCUUUGCGCUAGGCCCGCUGUUGAUCCAUUGCUUGCCAGGGAGCAGGUGAAUUUAGCAGAGUGGGCAAUGCAAUGGCAGAAGAAGGGCAUACUCGAGCAAAUUAUCGAUCCUCAUCUCAUGGGACAAAUAAAGCAAAACUCUCUGAAGAAAUUCGGAGAGACAGCAGAGAAAUGCUUGGCUGACUAUGGUGUCGAUAGGCCAAGCAUGGGCGACGUGUUAUGGAAUUUGGAGUAUGCACUUCAACUUCAAGAAUCUGAUUCUAAAUCAUCACGAGAACCACGUGACGACAGCAAUGCAAAUGCAGCAGAGCUCACAACACCUAGAAUAGCUCCCCAAGCUCCAUCAAUCAACACAGAGACUGAAACCGACAGUGGUGAUGGUCCUUCAGAGAUUAGAAACAGCCAAGUUUUUUCACAGUUGAUGACCAAUGAUGGCAGAUAGUUCUUUUGAUUCUUACGUUGACAUAAACAAUCUACAUUAUGGGGAUUAUUUCAAAGUCACUGCACUAUACCAUGCCUCAAAAGUUCUCCCAGACAUAAUUCCAUAGGUACAUUAGAGACCCCUCCGCUUACCUUUAGUUUUCUCUAUUUAUACUUUUAUGCUGUUUUUUUUCUUGAUUUCAUAGUGAAUUUAAAUGGAUCUAGGUUAUAUAUUAGUCCCUUGAGGUUAAUAUUUCUGCUGUAUUUUAAUCGUAUGCUGCUAAAUUGAUGCUAUAUACAGGUCAACUGAAU